AUGAAUCCAAUAAGUUCACAAAUUCAAGCUUCUGAUACAGAGAAUUCUUUACAUUCAAUCAUUCCUACUUGUUAUGCGGAUAACAACACCUUUACCGUUUCGUCUCAAUCAAACCUUGAACAAGUAACCGAAAGUUCAUUAAACGAGAACAAUUGUCACAUUACUCAAUGUUCCUUUAACACCAGUACGCCCAUACAAACUAAUCCUUUUGGAAAUCCUCAAUUUCAAAUCCAACCAGUUUAUUCUAAAACUUUUAUUUAUCGACCACCGAAUGAUUAUUAUCAGUAUCAGGUUAAUUGUGAAAAAAUCUCUAAUGAACUCGUUUUACAAUUAUUAAAUAAUCGUAAAGAAAAUGUGAUGCAAUUAAAAGAAAAUGAAUAUGCUUUCUUUUAUCAACAGCGAGGUAGUAAUCAAUUUUAUCAAAUAUCCUGCGAAAUCAUUCCUCCUUCUGUUAUUAAUUAUUGGUUGAAUAGAAACAUUCAUUGCAUGGAAAUUGAGCAGGAUAUGGUACAAGAAAA